UUUGGUCUGCUAGAAGUUCUGACCUCUCGCGGUCUUUGACUGUGGUGGAGUCCAAAGACCUCCCCUGACCCCACCAUGGCACGGCGGCACAGCCGAACGGCUCGGCCUGAAAAAGGGGGGGCACCGGGCAUCGCCGCGGAGUGGAACGGCCCGCGGGCAAGGAGUGGACCCAAGUGGUUCCGAGUCUCCACAGGUCGCCCUCGGACGGUGUAGGACGGUGCUCCACAGCUCUCCCAGCUCGCUGGCGCGUAGUCCCACGUGGGGCCGGACAAACCGGACGUGUCCACGCGUGGGGGCGCGAAAAGCGGGUUUUGGGGAGGUUGUCGUUUUUUUUCUGGUGAAGUUUGGAGCUGUGAAGGAAGUUCCUUUCGGUUUCGAAAGGGAUGGGACCUGUUCUCCGAAGGGGUGGGACGACCGGCAGUGAGAGACUUGGAUCUUUCAGAGACUUGCGGGGUAUUCUAAGCGCGUGAUACUAAUUCAUAUUAUAUCAUUCCCAGAGGGAUGGAAAAGACAUGAAAUUAUGACCUACGCUGCAUCUCUUUUCAUCUUCCCCUUGGAAACCUACAUCAUUCCAUGCCAUCAGCUUUUGGGCUCAGCUUCCCGCCUGUCUGCGCGCUGACAGACAGCGCUCGCUCCGCUCGACGAACGCCAUGGGCGCGGGAGGCUCGAUCCCAAUUUCCCCGGCGGGGGGAAAGAUCGUGGAACCCUCUGAGGAGGAGAUCAAAGAGAUGGCCAAGAACAUUCCUCCGGAGAUGUUGGAGGUCCUGAAGAAAGUGGUCGCUGCCAAGGAGGCUGGAGGGGGCCCUCCAGCUUCAAGCGGGAAGAUGUGGACGCCCAUCAAAAGCUUGGGCAACUCCAAGGAGGCCACCGACAUGAAGCGGGCGAUGUUCAUGUGGGAUGAGGAGACUGCGAAGGAGGCGCUGGGCCAGCUCUUUGAGGGCAAGAAGGAGAUGCCGCAGAUGAAUGGCGCGACCCUCGUGAUGGAGGAGGUGAAAUGGGCCAACGAGGAGGAGGCCAAGAAGUUUGGGAACGCUUUGAAGAGUUGCGCCACCGCUUGGAUGUGGGAGCAAAAGGACGCUGACGUGCCCUUCGAUCCCACGACCUCCGUGGAGAAGAAGGAGGACAAGGAGAUGCUGUUGAAGCACUGUGUUUACCUGUGGGAUGAGAAAACGAUGGACGCAUUUCUGGAGAAGCUUGGGGUGAAGAAGGUGGGAAAGCCGGGCAAGGUCCUAAUGGACAACUCGGACCGUUUGGAGGUGUUGGAUAUGGAUGACUCGGACAAGGUCCUCGAGAAGUUGCAGGCGGAGGGCGUUCUGUUCUUCAAGGAGGUCGUCAAGUUUGCCAGCAAACCUGAGUGAGGAAGACUGUGCGUUGCGGCUGAAGCUGCGGAAUGCAGCUCUGUGCGGUCGAGGGGUCUCUGAAGCUGAGCAAAAAAGCAAUUGUGCCUCUCGGACGGG